CUUUUGACGCUGAAAAUGAGCGUCAAGCGUCAGCGUGAAAAGGCACCUUUAGACAGCACUAAUAAUUUUCUUUUUCAUUCACUGCAACAAACUGCUUACGUUUAGACCGCCGUUAAGUUAGCAGACGAAUUGAACGUUUUUGAAUAAUUCUGUUUCGAAUGAUGCACGGCGAGCACAUUGUUUUACUUGAUCGAAUGAAAAUGGCUCGCGUCUAUCGACUGUCUAAGGGCGAUUCGCGCUCCGAAUAGUGCGCUCGAGGAUCGUAAGGUCGUGGAGAAUGACGAGAGGUGAAGUUCCCUUGAACAAUUGUCUUUAUUAACGGACACACUAUUCUUCUUGAUACUACUACAACAAAUUUCGCACGGUAUACAACGUCCGCUACGGGACGAUAUAGAUUCAAAGGCGCACAGUUGAUUUUCAUGCGUUUCCGAACAUGUCCGCUCCGGGACGAUCACGGCCGAAAAACCGUGCGUUCACGCGAGAGAACGGAUAUCACGCGCCUCCAACGUGUCCGCUCCGGGACGAAAAUGGCCGAGACACAGCGCAUCCACGUAAAUUAUUUCGCAUAAGUAACAUCCGUUUUGGGACAAAUAGACCGCUGAUGGCGCACUUUUCUACUGCAUCCAACUAUUUAAUAUUCCUUUCAGGGCAAGAACGGCCAAACACGGCGCACAUACGCACAAAUGUAAUUUUUUGUUGUUGAAUAUCCUGUUCAGGAGGGAAACUGCCGAACACGGCGCACAUAAGCACAAAUGUAUUUUUCUAAGCACGGCGCACAUAGGCACAAAUGUAUCCUUCAAAGAUGCAUCCUUCAAGAACACGGUGCACAUAGGCACGAAUGUAUCCUUCGAAGUUCACACUUCAUAAAGAAAAACACGGCAAAAUGUUCGACGUUUUCGCGCCGUCGCGUGGUGUCGGAGUAUCCGUCCGCGUGAUGCCUCUCCUCCGAGUCUUGUUUUACGACUAGCCCGAAUUCGGAGUCCUCGAUCCGACAAGUGUCGCCACCGCGAGGCCCGCCGAACCGGAGCACAACGCGGUUUUAACUCACCCUAUCACUCACCUUGGGUUAAUCUUGUCAAGGAAUGGAGUCCAAUCCCGAACGAAUUCUAUUUUAUAUAAUUUGGGAAUCAUUUGGGGAAGUUUAGGAAAAGCAUUUAAACAUUUGGGUAAUAAUAGUUUUUUCGUUAUUAACAAAUUUUACUAAGCGUCAAGUUAGCAGACAUUACCCAUACAGCACAGAAGCUUACAGCAACAUUGCUACAACGUUACAAUAUUACGAGUUGCAAUGUAAUAUUGUAGAGAUGUUUUAGAAACAUGCAAUAUCAAUAUUACGCCGAAAUGUUCCAGUAAUGUUGCAGAAAUAUAAUAAAAUUCUGAAAAUGUAUAUAUUUAAAAAUAUGCAUCAAGUGUUCCAAUAUACAUGCAACUUUGUGUAAGAGACAUUUGUGACAUUUUUUAAUAGUUUUGUAAGAUUUAAAUAUUUGGAUUUGUGUGCAAUAUUUAUAGGACUAGAACAAUACAGGCGCGCGCGUAGCGAGAGAGAGAGAGAGAGAGCAUACUUACAUACAUUAAUUUAUUAUCUAAUUUUCUUUCUUCUUUAAAAAUAUUAUACACAUAAAAAAAAAGAAAUACAAUAUACACAACAUACAUAAAUCUUCUUUAAAGUAAUAUGAUAUUGACACUGAAAUGUAACGAAAUGUUAUCAGCUCUAACUCUUCUUCUUGUUUCUUUUUCUUUAAUUAACAUUAGAGAUUGACGACAUAUGAAAAACAAAAUUACAAUUGUUAAUAAAUUAUUAAAUACUUUGACAUUAUAUGUGUACCUUUCGAUAUAAAAUGAGAUCAACAUUUUUUGCAAAAAUCAAUAAAGAGAAGUAACUUUCGAAAAUCUUUGUUCGAGUGAGAUACUUUACAAUGUACAAAAAAGUUACAAUUGUUAAUAAAUUAUUAAAUAUUUUGACAUUACAUGUAUCUUUCUAUAUAAAAAUAAGAUCAAUAUUUUUUGGAACUUUAUAUACAUUAAUUAAUUAACUAUUAUUGCUAGUUAUAAAAUAAUAUUGUGACAUAUGUAUGCACACGUACGCGUGCACAUAUAGAAAUUAAUAAAUUAAAAAAAUAACCAAAUAAAAAAUAAUCAAUAGAGAAAACUAACUUUCGAAAAUCUUUCGUUUGAGUAAAAUACUCCACACAGUGUACACACGCACGGAUGCACGCACUUCUCUUUCCCCCCUUCCCCUUCUCUCUCUCUCUCUCUCUCUCUCGGUCUCUCCCGGUCUCUUCCCGUCUCUCCCCAGUCUCUCCCGUCUCCUCGUCUCUCCCCGUCUCUCCCCGUCUCUCCCGAUCUCUCCCCGUCUCUUCCGAUAUAGAUAACCAUUUAUACAAAUUUGACAGCUGUCAAAAUUCAAUCGCAAUGAUUAAGGCGCUUUUUCAUGCUGCGAAUUGCGAAUUGCAAGCAGUUGCGAAUAGUUGCGAAUAGUUACGAAUUGACAAAUGUGAAAUCACGAAUAACACGUUAAGUGCAAACAACUAUAAGUAAAAUAAAAGUACAGUCUCUUAAAUUAUGGAAAAUUUGAUUCAGGAAGAUUGGAUAACUAAUACCCAAAACAAUUUGUUAAAACAUACUGUAGAAGUAGUUUAUAAUUAUUUAUAUAAUGAAAGAAAAAGAAAAGCUCUAGCAGCGUUAUGUACUAUUUUGCACUUAAAGAAGAAAAGGAAAUACCGUAAAAAGAAACAUUGGGUUGCUCCGCUUUUUAAAGAAAGAAAAGUCCAUGGAUUUUAUCAUGCUAUUUUGCCUAUACUUAGAUUAGAAGAUUUAAGAUUUUGUAAUUAUGUUAGAAUGUCAGCAACGCAACUGGAAAAUUUGUUAGUUUUAAUUGGCCAUGAUAUUUAUAAACAAAGUUAUAUUAGAGAAAGUAUUGGUGUUUCUGAACGUCUUCUUUUGACUUUAAGAUUUCUUGCUUCUGGAGAUUCCAUCUCCUCAAUGUCUUACCAAUAUUUAGUUGGUGUUACAACUGCUGCAAAUAUUAUUUCUGAAACCUGUCAAGUUUUAUGGGAUAAUUUGUUGCCAAUUGUUAUGACAAUGGAAUUGAGUCAUGAAAACUGGUAUAAAAUUUCUGAAUGUUUUUCAAAUAAAUGGAAUUUUCCUCAUUGCGUAGGUGCCAUUGACGGUAAACAUAUUAUUAUCCAAUGUCCAGCUAAAGCGGGGUCAUCCUUUUACAAUUAUAAAAGUACUCAUAGCAUUGUUCUUCUUGCUAUAUGCGAUGCAAAUUACAUGUUUUUGUUUGUGGAUAUAGGAGCAUAUGGCAGAAGAAGUGACGGAGGGAUUUUUAAAGAAUCUGAAAUGGGUAAAAGAUUUGAAAAUAAUGACAUGCAACUUCCACCACUUGCAUCUAUUUGUGAAAAUGGAGACAGUCUCCCUUAUUGUAUUGUUGGAGAUGAAGCAUUUCCUCUGAAGCCUUACUUAUUAAGACCAUAUCCAGGGAAAUACAGUGUCGAACAUGAUAAACGUAUUUUUAACUAUCGUUUAGGAAGAGCUAGAAGAGUUAUUGAAAAUACUUUUGGAAUUUUGGCUAGCAGAUGGCGUAUUUUCCGAAAACCUAUUAUACUGAGUGUGGAAAAUAGCAUGAAAAUCGUUCAAGCGUGUGUAUGUCUACACAAUUGGUUACGGAUGGCAGAUUUACUUGAAGAAGAAAACAUACAAUAUAUAACAGAAGACAUAAUUGACCAUGAAGCUGAAGAUGGCUUUGCACUUGCUUUUCGAAGGACAGAAUUAGAAAAUUCAACAGCUUUUAGAGAAAUGACUAAUGCAGGAAACAACUCCAGUACUAGAGAAGCAGUAGAAAUUAGAGAAAAGUUUAAACAUUAUUUUAAUAAUGACGGAGCCGUUGAAUGGCAAGAAAAUAAUAUUUAAACCUAUAUAUUCAAAUUUUAUUUUGUAUUUGCGUACGACUAUUUUUUUGAUUAAAAUAUAUUUUUUA